UCUGAAUUUGUAUCUGGUUCUCUGUCUUUGUCUCCGUUCAAGAAGCAACAAAGAUGUGGAAAUUGUUUUUUCCUUUCCUAGCAGCCCUGCUUGCUCUUGGGUUUGGCCGACACCGAGACGGUGGAAUGGACGCCAACGCCAACGAUCCAGACGUCCAGAAAGCUCUACAAGUUGCCAUGGAUGAAUACAACAGAAACUCCCCAGAUAAUCACCUCUUCAAAGUGGUGACUGUUCUAAGGGUUCAGAAAAAGAUGGUGGAAGGCUACAUGUACACCCUGACUGUGAUAAUAGCAAAAACCAGUUGCAGAAAAGGCAGAAGGCAUGGGCGGUGCCACAUCCUCCUGAAUCCACAGCGCGCAGAGUUUCAUCGAUGCAAAUUCGUGGUGUUAAACGGUGGGUUUGUACCACAGUGGACGCUGCUGGAACAGAGGUGCUUUUAGGAGAAAAUCAAGAGGAUUCAUCCGGAUCGAAGUUGUUUGCAAGUUAACUUGAACUGUGAAGCACUAAUAUACCAAAGGGUCAAUAAACUUUCUAUUUUAAACCUGU